AUGCGCGCGUCGCGGCUAUCUGACGCGGCGGGCGGCGUCGCGGGCGGCAGCGGUGGCGGCUCGCGGGUGGAGGUGGAGGCUGGUGGGCGAGCUUCAGGCACGCUCAUCUCGAUCGUCAAGACGUUGCUACGCGCGGUCUUCCGCGGGGGGAGCUGCGUCGACGGGUGUGGUGUGGGCGCGAGAAUAGCUCCGCCGUUCAUGGAGGCAACCGAUGCGAGUCGACUGGCGCGCUCCGCUCGGCACGCGGUCGUCCGACCAGCGCUCGAGGCGAUGCGCCACACGCAGGGGGCAGUCAAUCGGACGGUCGUCGUGAUGCUCGUUAACACCGGCCAGUCGCACCUCCUCCUCAACUUUGGCUGCCGGUGUGAGGCGCGCGGAAUCGAUUGGAAGGCAUUCACUUUUGUGUACGCGCUCGAUUCGGAGGUGCACCGCAUGCUGCUCUCCAUUGGCGUCGCGUCCUACCACCCGGAGGAGGCGCAGCUUAGCCGCGCCGCUGGAAGGUUUGGCGACGCGCACUUCGGGCGCGUCGUAUUUUGGAAGAAUGCUGUGGUCCACGACGUCCUGCAGUUGGGGUACAACCUACUCUUCCAGGACGUGGAUCUCGUGUGGCGAGAGGACCCGCGGCGCUACUUCUUCCAGCCGCGCGCGGCGGCGGUCGACAUGUGCUGGCAGUACGACGGCGGCAACCGGCACCAGCAGCCAUUGUACGCCAACUCGGGCUUCAUCUUUGUGCGCAACACGCGCCGCUCGAGGCUAUUUUGGCGCGAGGCGUUCCUGCUUGGGCACACGCAGCGCUCGCAGCAGGGGAUCACGCUCCCGCUGCUCGUCCACCACUACUUCAACUCGGGCCUCAAGCUCCACAUCCUCGGCAAGCGCUUCGCCAACGGGCCGCAGCUCGCCCUCACCCGCGCAAAGACUGCGAAGAACCUGCCGAGCGACUGGAUCGUGGCGCACGCGAGCUGGACAGCAAACAGCACCGACAAGCGGCGUAAGCUGCAGAGCUUUGACGAGUGGGACGACGCGUGCGUGGAUCGGCUGUGGCAACGAGCCGGGUCGCCGGUGGUCGGGUGGUGA